AAGGUUUAGAGGGUGGUUUGCAUGAUCUCCAACUCAACCAGUGUUGCAGAGGUGUUUUCACGAAUUGACCAUAAGUUUGAUCUUAUGUAUGCCAAGCGUUCCUUUGUCCACUGGUAUGUUGGUGAGGGAAUGGAAGAGGGAGAAUUCUCAGAAGCUCGUGAGGGUCUUGCUGCCCUCGAGAAGGAUUAUGAGGAGGUUGGUGCUGAGUCUGCUGAGGGAGAAGAUGGUGAUGAAGGAGACAAGUACUGAUGAUAUGUGUUCAGCGUGUUUACUUUGGCUGUUCCGUUUAAAUGUGUUGAG